AUGGCUUCUUCCCCCUUCUCUGGCCUCAAAGGCUACACGUCGAAGACCAUUCCCUUCAAAUCAGGCCCGGAUGGCGACAUUCUUCUCGAUGUGGUUUAUCCCGAGGAGUCCGAUGGCAAGCCGAGCACUGUCCUCAUCCAUAUCCACGGAGGAUUUCUGAUCGUCGGAGACAGAUACAGUUUUCUCCCAUCCUGGCUUCUCAAUGCCGCUUUUGCUCGCAAAUGGUGCUUCGUUAGUCCCGAGUAUCGACUUCUCCCCGAGUCCACCGCCCACGCAUCUCUGGACGACUCCGUUGAUGCCUACAACUGGGUGCGCUCCUCACUGUCAGAUGUCAUCGGCCGUCCUAUCAGUUCGGUGCUUUUGGCUGGCUCCAGCGCUGGCGGAUAUCUCGCACUGGCGACUGCAAACGCUGUCUCUGAAAAGCCAACUGCAGUGCUUCCUAUUUAUGGAAUGUUGGAUGCCGCGAAUUCGCGAUAUACGACACCUGGUACUAGUGUUUGGGGAGCACCUCCUUUCGACACGUCCCCUGUGCUGAACAAGUUCCCCAAGGUGAAGGAGAACGAUGAUCGAAAAGCCAUCUCCGCAUAUCCUCCACCCGAGAACAUGGAAAACGACCUUAGAUUCAAGGUGGCAGCAUCUCUGCACAUCGAUGCGCUCUUCCCAGACUACAUGACGGGAGUUGACGGACUGAGUCGCGAAAUUGCAAACAAAGGAAUUGAUGCCAUCCCAGAGAAGCACCGCCGUUUGUUCCCUCUAUCAUUCGGCGAUCUCGCCAAACUUCCUCCAACAUUUUUGUUGCACGGCAUGAACGACUCGGCUGUCACGGUGGACUGUAGUGUGCAAGCUGAGAAGAAGCUUCGAGAAGUGGGCGUCGAUGUAGUGAGUGACUUCCCUGAGGAUGGGGAGCAUGGCUUUGAUGUUAGACUUGGAAACAUUGAUGUCGAGAAAGCGGAUGCAGACAGUGUUGCAAAUGUUGAGAGCUUGAGGAAUGCUAUUCGCUUCCUCGACUCUGCGGUUAAGAACUAG